UACCUCGCCGUCCAAAAGCAAGUGACCCACCUGGCCGAGCGCUUGGGUGCCUUCGAGCGGCGCCAGAAAGAUGCGCAAGAUGACAGGGAACAGGCCGAUCAGGAAGACGCCGCAGAUGCGCAGAAGCGCGACCAGGAGCUGAAGCAGCUGCGCGAGACGGUGGCCCGGCUUGAGGCCGACGCCAAGAAACGGGCCGACGAGGCCGCGGCACGGAAGGGGGAGCUGGAGCAGCUGCGCAAGGCCGUGGCCCAGCUGGUGGCGCAGGACCAGAUGAAGGCGGAGACGACAAAGGCCGGCGACGAGCCCAAGGCCGACGAGAAGGAGGAGAAGAAGCCUAAACCCGAGGCCAUGCCCACAACGCAGAAGGCGGACGAUCAACUGGACGAGAAGAAGAAGGAGAAAGCGAAAGAGGAAAAGAAGAACGAGGAGAAACCUACGCUCACGGGGGAGAAGAAGGGCGAAGAGGAGAAGAAUGAGGAGAAACCUACGCUCACGGGGGAGAAGAAGGGCGAGGAAAAACCUGCGCCCACGCUGGAGAAGAAGGGCGAGGAGAAGAAGAGCGAGGCCGAGGAGGAGUUGGACGAGGGGGAGUUGGACUACUAG